UCGCUGUAGAUACCCCUACUUUUAUGAAGAUUCUAUCAUUUACUAUUCAGAUCGUUGCCUUCUCAGUCGACACUGGUCUUAUCACCCAUGAUGGAUGAUCCAGUACAUUGCGAUUUGAGAUGUCUGAUCACGUGCUGCCGCGUUAGCAUUGACGCGUGAGCAACGCGUUCCCCGCAAGGCUACUAAUUAUUGCCCGAUCUGGAAGCAGGGUGCAUGAUGACGACUGAUGUCUCGUAUCAGCGAACGGAAAACACGUGAAGACCACAGCGGCGAUGAUUACAGGACGAACAGUGAUUAUAAUUGUCGUCAUGCCGUGACUCGGAAGUUGAUCAUUAUGCGCCAGCCCGAAGUGUUUUCACGCCGUUCCCGCGCUCCUCAGCAACAGAGGUUUCCAGGUCGCACUUCAAUCGUCCAACCCCGGAGAACAGACGCUUAUUCCGCCACCGCGGCGGAGACGGCGAAGAAACAAGCUACGCUCACCCAGAUCGAUUUCGUUUCUACGCCACCCGUGCGCGGCGGCGAUCGGAGGGGUCGAGACAGCGAAGCCGACGAGACGGACAGCGACGAGGACGAUAUCGUCGAAUGUUCCCCGCUUCAGUAUGGAGUUAAGGAUGAAGACGACAACCCCGACGAUUUCGAUUUCGACGAGCCCGCACCCCCUCGCAAGAAGGCCAAGCGGAGCCCACCAGAGCGAGCGAAUUCCACGACAGCCAGAGCUGCAAGGGCGAGGGCGAGUGCGAGGGCACAGUCGACGCUGACACAAGCCUGGGAUGGCUCAACUCCUGGUUUGACUUCGCGACCGAGCGUCAUCUCCGACAGCGAUGAAGACGUUGAGAUCACGUCUGUAUCUGCUCCACAGUCGCCAGAACUUAUCUCACAUCAACAUCGAAUCGCCUCUCCUAAGAAAAGCAAUCACUCGCGGCGAGUAGCAUUUUCUCCUGACCGGGGCAUUACAACGCGGACGACGGAUCCGACGAUUAAAAGUGAGCAUGUUGUGCAAUCUUUGAGCAAUCCUGUAGCUCCAUCGCCGAAAACUCCGCGCACCGUAAGGUGGGAAGUCCCGUCUUCCCAGACGCCGGCGAGUAUCAAGUUAUCGGCCGAAAGUAGUCCCGGUCUGCGGGACGUACUGAAUCGUUCUCCACUAGGAAAGCACACUCCAAAUCCGCAACGAGAGCGGAUCGUACAGGAGACUUGCGCGAGUGAGAUCACCCUGGAGCAUGCUCCCUCGAGGACGGCAAGGAAAGGCUCACCUUCCCAAGUCGGAGCUGUGGCACCAGUGACAUUGGCGCAAUCAUCGGUUUUUCAAAUGGAGCAGGAAGGAUCUCCGACGCCGAAGAAGCCCACAUUGAGGCACAUCUUUACUGUGGCAGAUUCCGACGAUGAAGCUGAAAUCUCGUCGGCCUCGAGAACAGGCGAUCAAGAUCAACUUCAAAGCGCACUGGAGGAGAGCUUGCGACUUCGGGAUUAUACUCAAUUCCAACCUUCGAAUGCAUUCACCCAGUAUCCACAGACUUACGAUCCUGUCAAUGCUGCCCUUGAUCGAGAUGCGGCACGGUAUGAGGAUGACACGCCGACACAGUCUUACGCCAGUGCACGAAAGGCUACUCAAGAUGUUCUGAGGCCGCAAAUCAAACCAAAUCGCACUCCGACCGGGAAGACACGGGCAAACGCACACUCCACAGCCCAGUCUCUCGUCCCCAGUUCACCCAUCUUCAUCCACCGCAACGCGUCCGACUCCUCGUUGAACAUUAUCAUCAGCAGCUCAGCUCCGCGUGGCCCAGAAUCAGAAGACGCAACGUUGACGAUUCCCGACUCUCCCCAUGUCAUCGGCACCGUCACGCCUCGCAUCCGUACAUCACAGAUGAGCACCGUCGUACCUUCCUCGCCGGAGGAGUUCCUCGCGCGGCUGAAGUCCGCCCGUAAGGACUUCGACGACGAAGACCUACCCGGGGAGACGCCACGACGGCGAGGGACGGCUGACAGACCCGAUCAGCAAAUUCAGACGGUACUCUCGAGUUCGCCCAUUCCGUUACCACCUUGGUCGGAGGAUGACAUGCAGACUCGGAUCCAGACGAGGGGUUUUAGACUAGACAGUGAUGAUCUCUUCGACGGGAGCCUUCCUCCUCCGCCACCGGGUUGGUCAGAAGCCCCUGGCGGAGGGAGUGAUCUCAAUUUGCAUAGCUCGAACAAGAAACGGAGGUAGAACGCAUGUGCGAGAGACUUGGGUGUGGACGGGUCACGGAGACGUUGCAUCGCUAAGUACAUCGUAGGAAGAGCAAAUUCUAAGGCUUUCUUUCUCCCUUUGUGUUUUCAA